AUGGCUGGAGGAGGAAACAAUACAAUAGUCACCAAAUUCAUUCUUUUGGGAUUCUCAGAUUCUCCCAAGUUCAAAAUUGUUCUCUUUGCUGUAUUCUUGGGGAUUUACCUCUUGACAGUGGUCUGGAACGUGGGCCUCAUCCUUCUGAUUAGGAUGGACUCCUGCCUACAUACGCCCAUGUACUUCUUCCUCAGCAACUUAUCCUUCUUAGAUUUCUGCUAUGUUACCUCCACAACCCCCCAAAUGCUCUCAAGCUUCUUCCAGAAGCCUGAAUUCAUCUCCUUUACAGGGUGUGCCCUGCAGUACUUCUUCUUCUCUAGCCUGGGUCUGACCGAGUGCUGCCUCCUGGCCGCCAUGGCUUACGAUCGCUAUGCUGCCGUUUGCAAUCCUCUCCUCUACGCAGUCGUCAUGUCCCCCACCCUCUGUGUGCAGAUGCUGGUUGGAGUCUAUAUAACCGGUAUCCUUGGCUUGAUCCAACUGUGUGCUUUACUUCAGCUCAAUUUCUGUGGCCCAAAUAUUAUCAACCACUUCUUUUGUGACCUGCCUCAAUUACUAGUCCUCUCCUGCUCUGAAACCUUUUUCCUACAAGUCAUGAAAUUUGCGAUAGCAGUGAUUUUUGGCAUGACGUCCGUCUUAAUCAUCAUGAUAUCGUAUAGUUAUAUCAUUGCUGCCAUCUUGAAGAUCAGCUCAGUGGAAGGCAGGUCCAAGGCCUUCAACACCUGUGCUUCUCACCUGACAGUAGUGACCCUUUUCUUUGGAUCAGGACUCUUUGUCUAUAUGCACCCCAGUGCUAAUAACGCUCUGGGCUAUGAUAAGACGGCAUCUGUCUUCUACACAGUGGUGACCCCCAUGGUGAAUCCUUUGAUUUACAGUCUAAGGAACAAGGAAAUUAAAGAUGCCCUUAAGAGGUGUAAGAAGAGAAUGUUUUCCCAUUGCCAUAAAGGCCCGAUAGGUUAG